AUGCGUCUUCUCUUUGGCAACGCAGCCAUUGCCCGGCGUAGCUUCUCCACGUCUCUAGCCGCGGCUCACAAGUUCAGACGCAUUCCGUCGUUUGGAAAUAUUAACCCCAUUGACCUCUCAAAGUACCAGCAAGAGCCUCUCGUAGAGGAGAACCAGGCUGCAACCCACGAAAAGGCCGCCAAGGACCUCACAGAGCUCUCACACGAAGGUGGCCUAUUCAAAUCGUUUUUGUUCGGCUCCAGCCAGGCUCAAUUGGAGGCCGCGGAGACUGAACGCUCCUUCAGCGAGCGCCUGAUGCGAGGUGGCUAUGUCCACGAAUUGCUCAUCCAUGACGUGCUUCCCUCAAAGUCCACUGAGUACACUGAGCUCUUGGGCACAAUGUAUCCGAAACUUAACGAGGACCGCUCUAUUCCCGCCCGGCUCAUUGGCUCGUGGCGCACCGUUGUGGGCGACAUGGAUCAGUUCGUGCACAUCUGGGAGUACGACGGCUAUCCGGCUUUCCACACCUCAAAGGUGGCAAUCCACAAAUCAAUCGACUAUUUGCAGUAUUUGGAAACUCUCCGUACUUGUCUGCGCUCCCGCACUUCACAACUCGUCCAUGAAUUUGACUUCUGGGGCGGAACCCCGGCUCCCCGAAGCCUAGGCGGUAUCUUUGAGCUUCGCACUUAUGACCUGAAGCCGGGCCGUCUUGCUGAAUGGGAAGUCAACUGGCGCCACGGCCUCGAGUGCCGACGGCAGGUCAUGGAACCUAUCGGCGCCUGGUUCUCCGGCGUGGGCAAACUCAACCGCGUCUACCACAUCUGGCAGUUCCUUGACAUGCAGCACCGUAAAAUCUCUCGCCGCCGCAGCUGGGAAAUUGAAGGUUGGGCCGAGACAACCCACAAGACUGUCAAUUUGAUCGAUCACAUGGAAUCGCAGAUUAUGGUUCCCAUGGACUUUAGUCCCUUACGGUAG